UGUUUACAUAUUUCAGGUUCCCACUUCAAAAUGAAUGUUAUCAAAGAGAACAAGGAUUUGGCCUGUUACUACACAACAAAACACUCAUGGAGGGGAAAGUACAAGCGAGUGUUUUCCGUCGGCUCGCACGCCGUGACUACCUACAAUCCCAGCACCCUUGAAGUUACUAAUCAGUGGCCUUAUGGAGAUAUCUGCAGCAUCAGUCCAGUUGGCAAGGGGCAAGGCACAGAAUUCAACCUGACCUUUCGCAAAGGAAGUGGGAAAAAGUCUGAAACCCUCAAGUUUUCCACUGAACAUAGAACAGAGUUGCUCACAGAGGCAUUGCGGUUCCGGACCGAGUUUUCGGAGGGAAAAAUCACUGGAAAGCGCCAUAACUGUUACAAACACCACUGGACAGAUACAAGAAAGCUGGUGGUCCUUGAAGUGACUCCAGGAGGAAUAGAUCAGAUUGACGCGACGACGAAUAAAGUUGUAUGUUCCUAUGACUACAAAAACAUCGAAGGGUUUGCCGAACUGUCCGAUUAUCAAGGUGGCUUUUGCAUCAUUCAUGGAGGAUUUAAUCGAUUGCACCUUUUUGCAUCUGAUCAAAGGGAAGAGAUCAUCAGGAGUGCGAUUGAGCACGCCGGCAACUUCAUUGGCAUUUCUCUCCGCAUCCGCAAAGAACCGUUUGAGUUUGACUUGUACCAGGGUCACCGCUUUGGAAAGUACAGCAAUGACGAGUCCAUCACCUCACUGGCAGAAUUCAUCGUGCAGAAAACUGCACAAAGGCAUCAGGAUGCAGUAAAGAGGGUGUUGGCGCUUACGGAAACGUGUUUAGUGGAACGUGAUCCAGCCACGUACAACAUUGUCACGCUGAAGCCUUUAGGAGAGAUCUUUGCUCUCGUGCUCGAUGCUGAAAAUCCUCAGCGCUUUGAUAUCGAAUACAUCAAAGGGCAGGUUUCUAAGUACUCGUCGACAGAAAGAGACUCCUUGAUGGCUAGCCUAUUGGAUGGAGUGAGAGCUUCGGGGAACAGAGACGUGUGUGUGAAGAUGGUGCCAACUCACAGGGGCCAGAGGUGGGGUUUGCUGAGCAUGCCCGUCGAUGAGGAAGUUGAAAGUCUACAUCUCAGGUUUCUCAAUGCCCCACCCAAUGGUAACUUUGCAGAUGCCGUUUUCAGGUUCAAUGCAAACGUGUCAUACAGUGGAGUUCUGCAUGCUGUGACACAAGAUGGUCUUUUCUCUGAGAACAAGGAGAAACUGAUUAAUAAUGCCAUCACAGCGUUGCUCUCUCAGGAAGGGGAGCAGAGCGCUAACAACGCCGAACUGGAGAGUCAGUUUCAGGCUGUUCGACGGCUCGUUGCUUCAAAGGCUGGCUUUCAAGCUUUCACCAAACUUCCCAAGUUUCGCGAGAGGUUGGGAGUGAAGACGGUGAAAGCGUUGAAAAGAAACCACGAUGGUGUUACACAUGCUGCCAUCGACAUGUUAUGUGCACUGAUGUGUCCCAUGCACGAUGACUAUGACUUGAGACAAGAGCAAUUGAACAAAGCAUCUCUUUUAUCCUCAAAAAAAUUCUUGGAAAAUUUACUUGAUAAAUUCAAUGCCCACGUGGACCACGGGACGGGUGCACUGGUGAUUAGUUCCCUCCUAGAUUUUCUGACCUUUGCACUCUGCGCACCGUACAGCGAGACCACGGAAGGUCAGCAGUUUGACAUGUUGUUGGAAAUGGUGGCAGAAGUCGGAAGAACCUUGUUCAAACUUUUCCAGCACCCUUCCAUGGCUAUCGUGAAAGGCGCUGGUUUAGUAAUGAAAGCUAUUAUUGAGGAAGGUGACAAGGAAAUAGCUACGAAGAUGCAAGAACUGGCCUUAAGUGAAGGUGCUCUCCCUUGCCAUUUGCACACAUCGAUGUUCACCAUCAGUGCUGACCAGCGCAUGUUAACUAAUAGGCAGUUAAGUAGACAUCUGGUGGGACUCUGGACAGCUGAAAAUCCAACGGCGUUGAAUUUAUUAAAACGGAUAUUGCCAACAGGCUUAUUGGCCUACCUGGAUAGCACGGAGCAGGUACCAGAGAGAGAGACUGACAGGAUGCACAUCAGGGACAAUCUAAAAAUUGCGGCAGAUCAGUACGGGAAAGUCGGCAAGGUUCCCGAGUGGCAGCGUCGCGCUGGAAGGGCAGCGAAGGAGGUGGAGAAAUUUGCCAAAGAGAAAGUGGAUCUGCUUUUAUUGCACUGGAGGGAUAGAAUGGGCAUCGUUCAAAAAGAGCAGGAUAGGAAUAAUCUGAACCCCAACCAAAAACCAGUUGUUUUACGAAAAAGACGACAGAGGAUUAAAAUAGCAGCAAAUUGGGACCUCUUCUAUUACAAGUAAGGCAUUCAUGUUUUGUACUUUGUCUUGUUGUUUACCGGGGCAUUAUGUAGAGUGUGUAAACCAUUGCAGUCUUCACU